AUGGACUUGAAGACAACAUAUAUACAUAAAGAAACAGAACCAAUCUACGUGGGUGGUACUAGUGCAAGUAUAUCUGCCUCUGAUGGACAAUAUUUGGCCACGCCGCUCAAUGAGGAUGUUAUAAUAACUGACUUAUUCACAAAUGAGAUUUACUAUAGGAUUGAAGGAGAUGACGAUGAAGCAAUCACAAGCCUAUGCAUCACUCCUGAUGGAAAGUAUGUUGCUAUAUGUUCACAAUCACAGCAACUACGUAUAUUCGAUACCGAAGCUAAGCAAGUUACUAAAACUUUUAAACUUUCAUCACCAGUAUACAUUUCAACUGUUGAUUCUACGUCAUCGUUGUUUGCAUUUGGUGGAUCAGACGGUGUUGUUACUGUUUGGGAUAUUGAAGGCGGAUAUGUUACUCAUUCAUUGAAAGGCCAUGGUACAACCAUUUGCUCAAUUACAUUGUAUGGAGAAUUGAAUAAUUUGGCCAGUUGGAGAUUAGCAAGUGGUGAUACCAUGGGUACGGUCAAGAUUUGGGACUUGUCUAAACGAAAAUGUAUACACACUUUGAAAGAUCACAACACUGCAGUCAGAGGUGUUGCAUUUGAUGAAGAUUACGAAUACUUUAUAUCUGGCGGUAGAGACCAUGUUGCGAUCAUAUACAGUACAAAGAAUUUCAGGCCGUUGUAUACCUACCCUAUAAAUGAACAGAUUGAAGCCAGUGGGUUCGUCAAAUAUGUUAAUGACCGUCAGUAUUUUUACACCGCAGGUUCAAAGAAUGUGUUACGAUUAUGGGAUAUCAAAACUGGUGAUUUAAUUGCUCAAUCACCAGCGCCUUUAAAGACUAAUGAAGAGUUGUUGAUCAUUGAUGUUAUAAAGGUUUGUGAUAAGCAAUUGAAUUUGGUCAUAAGUGAUCAAACUUUAGUGGAAUUGGAUCUUGCCAUUGAAGAUCAGCGAGUUAUACGUGACAAUGUAGGGGAACUACCCGUUGUCAAGAGAAUUGCUGGUAAUCAAGGAAUUAUUGCCGACAUUAGAUACGUGGGACCAAACAAUGACUUGUUGGCCAUGGCUACAAACUCACCAGCAUUGAGGAUAAUGGAUUUACAAAAGCCAUUUGAGUUGAAAUUAUGCGAGGGCCAUACUGAUAUAUUGAAUGCACUUGACGCGAGUCUUGAUGGAAAAUGGGUGGCAACUGCAUCAAAAGACGGUGAAGCCAAGUUAUGGGUGUGGAAUGAUGAUGUAGAGAGUUUCGAAUUGUAUGCCACUUUUCAAGGACAUGCAGGUUCAGUCACAGCAAUCUGUUUGAAUAAGCUCACACCAGAACCUACAUUUCUUAUAACCGGAUCAAGCGACUUGACUAUAAAAAAAUGGUCCAUUCCAAAAACUAGUGGCAAUACAGUCAAGACAUCGUUGUACACUAGAAGAGCUCACGAAAAGGAUAUAAAUGCUAUCGAUAUUUCACCCAAUGAUGAGUUUUUUGCCACUGCAUCUUACGACAAAUUGGGAAAGAUCUGGAGCUCCCACUCUGGAGAAACCAUUGGUGUUCUCAAAGGUCAUAAACGAGGAUUAUGGGAUAUAAGCUUUUACAAAUAUGACAAAUUGAUUGUUACUGGGAGUGGUGACAAGACACUUAAAGUUUGGUCAUUAAACGACUUCACAUGUCAAAAGACACUUGAAGGACAUACAAAUUCAAUCCAACGAGUUAAAUUUUUUAACCCACAACUGCCACAACUAAUAUCAUGUGGUGCUGAUGGGUUAGUUAAAAUUUGGGAUUACAAAGCAGGUGAAGAAAUUCGAACUUUAGAUAAUCAUGACAAUAGAAUCUGGGCAAUAUCCCUACGUGAUGAUGAAGGUGAUGAAUUCAUCACCGCUGAUGCAGAUGGUAAAGUGACUACGUGGACGGAUAAUACCGCGGAAGAAACCAGGCUACGUGAAUUGGCAGCAAAGGAUAAAGUUGAACAAGAGCAGAGUUUAUCGAAUUUUGUCAAGAAUCAAGAUUGGAGUAAUGCAUUCUUGUUAGCUUUGACGUUGAAUCAUUCUAUGAGAUUGUAUCAUGUGAUUAAAUCAUGUAUGGAGGCAAAUGAGGAUGAUGAAUCGCCCAUUGGGUCGUUUAAUUUGGAAAUCACAAUAAGUCAAUUAAAUAACGAUCAACUUGUUACAUUAUUUAAAAAAAUUAGAGAUUGGAAUAUCAAUUUCAAAUUUUUCGAAAUUAGUCAAUCUUUGAUUCAUGUUAUAUUGCAACACUUUGCUAUUGAGACAUUAAUUGAAAUACCUGGAUUGAUGAAGAUUAUCGAUAGUAUCAUUCCUUACAAUGAGCGUCAUUACAGUCGAUUGGAUGAUUUGGUAGAACAGACUUAUGUGUUGGAUUACACAGUUGAGCAAAUGAAUCGUUUAUUGGCCUGA